AUGAUCCACCUCCCCACACUCCUCCUGGCCGCCGCCGCCGCCGCCGUCUCCGCCCUCCCCACCGCCCCCCUCACCCCCCGCUCCGCCGUUUUCGAAAACUCCAUCAUCACCAACCCCUCCGCACUCGCCUGGUACGACGCCUCCCAAGGCAGCGGCGCCGGCGGCAGCAGCUCCAGCAACAGCGCCGUAACCGCCAUCACCAGCGACACCACCACCAGCGGCAACACCGGCACAACCUCGACCUACACUUGCUUCACGACCGCGACCUUCCCGCCGCUCACCUCCUGGGCCAGCUUCGCGACGCUCUGGACCGCCGCGGCGCCGGGCAUCGCCGCCGCCAACGCCAACGCCGCCGCCCUCGCCGGCAGCAGCAGCAGCAGCAGCGGCACGACCGCCUCAACCCUCACGCAGACCCUCCACGCCAAAAUCACCGCCAUCUCCGCCCUCACCUCCCUCGACCCGCGCCUCGUCCUCGCCACCGUCCUGCAAGAAUCCAACGGGCGCCUCGACGUGCCCUGCACCGGCACCUCCAACUGCGGCAUCAUGCAAGCCGCUCCCGGGAGCGCCUCCUUCGACGCGGCGCGGCCCGCGGCGUCCAUCGAGCAGAUGCUGCGCGACGGCGUGCAGGGCGUGGCGGGGAGCUGGCCGGAUGGCGGACCGGGCUUGGCGUAUUGGAUGGGGGUGUAUGGCGACCCGUGGCGGGCGCUGCGGGCGUACAACACGGGGAGCGUGCCGGAUGCGGGGGACCUGUCGGCGACGGGGGGGUGGGGGACGGCGAGUUAUGUUGUGGAUGUGGCGAAUAGGUUGGUGGGGUGGGAUGGGGUGACGAGGGGGAGUUGUUGA